UUUGACAAAUCCGCCAUAGCGUUUGUCUCGCGAUUUUGUUAUCAAACAGUCUGCUGAGCUAUUUAGUUUUAGUUUUAUUGUGAUUACGAAAUGGCAAUUGUCGAGGAUGAGGUGCGGAAUGAGUCUGAGGAGGAGAAUGAAAUAGAAGUGGUCGUAGAGGAAGACGACGGCGAACAAGAUUCCGAUUCUGACGAUGAUGAUGACGAGGAGGCUCUGGAGAGGAAGGUGGCUGAACUGGACCAGAGGAUUACUGAGGAGCCAUACAACUAUGAUGACCACAUUGAACUGAUACAAGCAUUGUGGAAUCUAUCGGACCUGGACCGAUGGCGCGCGGCGUUCGAGCGCCUGACCUCGAUGACUGCGCUACGAGCGGACGACUGGCUGCUGCGCCUGCGCACCGAGAUCACUCUGGCGCACGCCGCGCCCGACCGCGAGCGCAUCAUUGACUUGUUCAAACAGGCCUCGCUUGACUGCUACUCAAUUCCGAUCUUCAGCGAGUGGUGCUCGUGGGCUCUGACGGGCUCGGUGGCGGAGGCGCGCGAGCAGCUGGACGAGAUCCUGCGCCGCGCCGGCGCCGACCCCUUCUCCGGGAAGCUUUUCUGGGACGCCAAACUCGAGCUCGAGAAGUCGCAGUUUGAUACCAUGAGUGAAGACAAUGCGGAGUACAGUGCGGCGCGCGAGCGCGUGGUGUGGUCGCUGGAGGAGGCGGCGUCGCGGCCGCUGCUGCGGGCGGAACAGGCGUUGGCUACGCUCAGGGACGUGGCCUCGCACAAGGACGACAAGUACUUCGACAAGGUUCAAAAACAACAUGAGGCUGCCAUGGAGUAUUUACAGAAAGUGACGCCAUUCGAGGACAAAUUACUUACGGCAGAAACACCAGAGGAAAAGUUGAAGAUAUUCGAGGAGUACAUAGAUACCGUGAAACAGUUGUCGCAGGAAGACAAGUACGCGGAGUGCGAUAGCGAUGGAAUACUCAAGGUCCUGUACGAGCGCGCGUCCACGUCGUGCGGCGCGGGCGCGGGCGUGGCGGCGCUGCUGCGCGCGUACGCGCGGCACGCGGAGCAGCGCUCGUCGCGCGCCACCUACGCGCGCGUGCUGGCCGCCGCCGCGCGCCGCUCGCCCGGGACCCACUACUUCUGGGCGGCGCAGAUGCAGCACGCCGAGAAGGAGGGCAAGGACUUCGACGAGGUGAAGUCAAUAUUCGAACGUGCAUUAGCGAACGGCAUGGACGCGUAUGUCCAGAGCGAGGCGAUAUGGCUGGCUUACCUGGAGUUCAUGCGGCGCCGCACCGACUUCGCGGUGGAGGCCGACGUCGACCGCCUGCGACGCACCUUCCGGCUCGGCUGGGACUCGCUGGCUGAGACGUGGGGUGAAGAAGCGAACGAUUGCGAAGUGCCGUUGUUCUGGGCGCGCCUGGAGUACCGCCGCAUGAAGGACCCCAGACAGGGGAAGGAGAUCUUUGAAGAGCUCUUCAAAUACGGCGACAACAAAUCGUUCUCGAAGUACUGGGAGGCGCUGAUCGGGCUGGAGUGGGAGCGGCGGCCGCAGCCCUCGGAGCACAAGCUGCGCGACCUGUUCCGGCGCGCGCUGCGCUUCGUGAAGGACUACCCGCCCAGCAUCGCGCGCCUCUGGACCGACUACGAGCGCGACUACGGGGAGAUGCACACCAUGCGCGAGUGUAGCGAGGCUUGCGAGGUGAAACUAAAAGAAUGGCGAGAGAACUAUCAAGAAAUGAAAGAAAAAAUGUCAGGAUCAAAAAAUAAGGGCAAACAGAACAAAAAGAACAAAUUCGACAAAAAGAAGAAGAAAGAAGAUGAUCAACCAAAGAAAGGAAAGAGAAAGAGUGAACAGAGCGAGGAAGGUGGGUCAGUGAAGAGGAAGCGGGACGAAGAUACACAAGUUGAAGGGAAAGACAAAGACAACAAGAAAGAAAGCAAGAAGGAAACCGACGGUGGAGGAGUGAAGCGAUCUCACGAGGAAGAAGAGACUGAUAGCACGGACUCGAAGCGGCAGCGGACAGACAGCGCGGAGAGCGAGCCGCGCUGCGCCGCGCGCGAGGCCUGCACGCUCUUCGUCAGCAACCUCGAGUUCAAGGUAAACGAACAGAAGUUGCGCGACGAGCUGUCAAAAUACGGCGAGAUCGCGUCGCUGCGGGUGAAGGCGGGCGUGAAGGCGUUCGGAGGGUCCAUCUGCUACUGCCAGUACAAGACUCCGGAGGCAGUAGAUGAGGCUUUAAAACACGACCGAACGCCGCUCGAGGGCCGACCAAUGUUCUUCUCACGGUAUUCAUCGAAGAAAUCAAAACCGUCGUUCAAGUAUGCGACGACGGCCGAGAAAAACAAGUUGUUUGUCAAGAACCUCCCGUUCUCACACUGCACCAAGGACGCGCUCACAGACAUAUUCGGACAACACGGCAAGCUGAAAGACGUGCGCGCUGUCACACACAAGGACGGCAGACCAAAAGGGCUAGCGUACAUAGAGUACGAGGACGAGUCGUCGGCGGCGCAGGCGCUGCAGCAGACCCACGGGCUGCUGGUGGCGGAGCGCCGCCUCGACGUGGCGCUCAGCGCACCGCCGCCCAGGGCGCCCGCCGCGCCCGCGCUGGGGCAGGCCAAGCGGGACCCCACUGCUGGCAUGCGGCGGACGCAGAUAAGCAGUUUCAUCCCGAGCGUGCUACAGAAGGCCUCGACCAGCAAGGCGACGAAUGGCGACCACGCCGCGGCUGAGAAGCGACCACUCUCCAAUGCAGACUUCAGAUCCAUGCUGCUUAACUAAUUAGCUAUAAGUCUAAUGUUUAAUGCUACAGACGGUGAGCGUACUAUCAUAGUUUAUGUUACGUUAUGCACAGGAGCGAGUGAGACAGAACGAUUAACCCCUCUCGUACUUAAGUAUGGGGAUAUUCACUGUCUGUUAUCGGUUUAAAUCUUUUCAUAGUCGAUGUUACCCAUACAAUGGAUUAUUAUAAGCAAGAGCAACUAUAGAAUCCUAUAUAUUUAUUUGGGUUAUUUAGGAGCUGCUCAGGUCUAAAUGUUUAUAGGUAUUUAACAAAUAAGUGGAGGCAGAAGCAUUUACUUUGAUUGACGGUUCUUGUACGUAUACCCUGUCUACUAAUUCAAUGCAAAAAAGUUAGAUUUGUGUCUAUGGUAAAGAGAAAUACACAUACAUAAUGAACAUUAAUUUUUAAAGAUUAAAGCAUAUUUUAGCAUUGUAAAUAAUUUAAAUCAGGUAGUGAUUUAUAUAUUGUCCUUGAUAAAUGUAUAUUACGUCGUAUUUUUUCUGACCAUAAAUUUGGAUUAGGAGACAGGGGCGCAGACUAUUACCAUCGAAUAGAAGAGUAAUAGACAAACUGAAUCGUCAAAGUAUUUUUGUCUUGACUUGUUAAGAUUUUUUCAGGAUUAUUACUUCGUCAGAAACGUACGUUCUAUAAAUCUUGGGCCUAUUUCAUGUCGCUCUGUAACUUUAUACUGACAGACAAUUAGGUGAUAUAACGCCUAUCAUGUUAUCUAAGAUAAUCAGAUGCGUGGAACAGUGUAAAAGCCUUUGAGAACGGCCAAUUAGGCUACUUUCCAACUAGUCAAAUCAGGUUAUUUAAUAUUUUUUAUGAAAAGCAACCUGUGACGCCAUAGAAAGACGUGACAAAAUGUCGCACUUAUUAUUACAUUUAUCUAUAUUAAAAUUCAUAAAUAAGUGGAAAAAAGGAAACGUUUUUUGUCAGUUUUAGAUCUGUCUUUAUUUAGUAAUCAGAAUUUCAUAAUUUAUCUUUGACCUACAAAACUACCCAGUUGUCAACUUUUAUGUUAUUUUGGUCGCAUUGAAAUAGGCCUAAUUGGAAGUUCGAUAAUGGUGCCAAUUCGGGUAAUAACUAACUUAAUUUGAUAGGACUAGAAACUAGUUCUAUCUCUUCUUUGCACUUAUAAUAAGUGAAGGACGGCACUAGACUUAGCAGUCAAACUAAAAUUACGUUAAGUUUGCGUUCGUCAGAAUUGGCACCACUGGUUAUUUGGAUCAGUGAGUUUCUAUUGACGUCAUCAGCAGCCGCGCUCAAGGCGAACACGAUUUACGUUAGGUGUAGUUAUUAUUCUUGAUUUAUGAAUAUUACCUGAUAAUUACAUACACUGUGGAUACACUUACCGUACGAAUUAGAUGAAGUGCUGUAGUAAGGCAGAAUGUCGGUUAAUUAUAUUGAACUUUACUUGUAUACACUUUUACAUUUUUCUGAGACAAUAAGGUAUAAUUUCCAUCAAAUAUCGCGAAUUUAAAUUGCUAUGUGAUUUCUUACCUGUGUAAUUUUUUACCUGGUAUAAAAUUAAUUGAAUGAAAUCGUGGUUUUGUUCAUCAGAAUGUGAUUUUGAAUGAGAUUCAGUUACAGGGUUUUCGCUAUGAGGCGAUGGUAUUCUGUUUGCACGAAUAAAUAAUGAUUAACUGUACGUAUAUAAUAGAGUUGUAUUAUAUACAUACAUAAACUCACGGCUAUUUCCCACCGGGAUAAGCAGAGACUAUACAGAUAACGUUCAAUAUAUUAGAUAUGUUUUCUUGCUGCAUCCCAUCGUUUCUAUUUCUAGUCGGUCCAGAAGACAAGCCUAUAUUUGCCACAUAUUUAAGUUACUACAUCUAUCGUUUGUCUGGCUGUGUACGUUAUAUAAGUGAGUUCUUUCUACGAUAAUAAAAGUACAGUGAGGUUUCUUGAAUAAUGUUCACUAUUAGCGGGUUGUGCUUUAGCACUUUGUAUGUGACAAAUAUAGGUUAUAAAGUUCGGUCAACUAUAGUACUACUAAUAAGGAUAUGUAAGUAUGGUUGUGUAUUGAGUGAAUUAAGUCAUAUGGAAACAGAAGCGGGGCAACUGUCGCUGGGCGCAAUUUUACUAUUAAAACACUAUUUUAGAAUAGUUCUUGUUUCGCAGGGUAAAGUAAAAACCAAUGGUUCGUUCGUUACCCUUCCGCUUUUAUGAAGAUAACCUUGCCUUGCCCCGCCUCUGUUGAGAAACAUUCAUUGGUGUAUAAGUAUGGAGGCUUCGAUUAAUGAAAAUCUUUUAAAAGAAAUUUGUAACGAAGCGACGGUAUUGUACCUUAAGAUAUUAUAUACAGUCACGAGCAUGUAUACACUUUGGUACCAUGUCACAUUAACUUUUUGACAAAUUGAACUUUAAGUCUCACUAAAUGUCAAAUAUGUUAGUGCGACAGAGUCCUAAAGUGGGUACAUUAUAUUGCUCAUGACUGUACACUAGCACCACUGAAUUUUCCGUAGGACUGAAAUAACCUGUACAUGGUUUUUAGUAUAGCCGGUUAUAUAAAUCUAAAAAUAAAUAUAAUUUUAUUACCUUUUAGUUUUACGAGUACCGUAAUUUUUAUACUAAUAUAAGGUAUUUCAAUUUUCCCAUAAUGAUACAUUAUAAUAUGUAAAGAAUUAUCUGUUCUAUGGUGUAAGUGACAGUCAAUAUUGUAACAAACCUAUUUAUUUCGUUUCCAUAAGAUACGCAGUGCGAAUGGCAGAUACAAAAUAAAUGAUUGUUUUUCAA